GAAGAUGAAGAAGAUGAGUAAAAGGAGAAAAAAUGCCAGUGGGAGUAGUGGCAGUAGUAGUAGUAGAAGGGGAGCGGGCCCGGUGACGCUUCCACCACCACUACCACAACUACUGCACUCACUACUACCGCCACUGCUGCCACACUUGCUACUGCUGCUGCUACUGCUCACAACGCCGCUGCAGGCAAGUGCGUCGGGCGAGGAUGAGUCCCUCCUGGAGAUCACAGACAUCCUUCCCGAGGACACCAAGAGUUACGACAAGAUGCGCCCGCCACAGUCUCAAGGUAACCCCACGGUGGUCUACUUUCACGUGACGGUCAUGAGCCUGGACUCCAUCGACGAAAGUUCCAUGACCUACGCCGCCGACAUCUUCUUCGCCCAGAGCUGGAAGGACCAUCGGCUUCGCUUCCCGCAGAACAUGACCGGGGAGUACAGGCUGCUUCCCGUCUCCUGGCUCAAGGACAUCUGGCGCCCCGACGCUUUCUUCAAGAACGCCAAGUCUGUCACCUUCCAGACCAUGACCAUCCCCAACCACUACCUCUGGCUCAACCUUGAUUCCACGAUUCUGUAUAUGGUGAAGUUGACCCUCUUGCUGUCCUGCGCCAUGAACUUCCAGACCUACCCUCACGACAGCCAGCAGUGCGCCAUGAAGAUAGAGAGCCUCUCGCACACCACCGACGACCUGAUCUUCGUGUGGGAUCCGCUGGUGCCGCUGGUGGUGGACGACACGAUAGAGUUGCCGCAGCUCGACCUUGUCUCCAACAGCACCGGCGAUUGCACGCAGGUAUACUCCACAGGUAACUUCACGUGUCUGGAGGUGGUGUUCACGUUCAAGCGUCGGCUGGGCUACUACCUCUUCCAUACGUACAUCCCCACCUGCCUCAUCGUCAUUAUGUCCUGGAUCAGCUUCUGGAUCAAGCCCGAAGCCGUGCCUGCCCGCGUGACCCUCGGAGUAACCUCGCUGCUCACGCUGUCCACCCAACACGCCAACUCCCAGAAGUCACUCCCGCCGGUUUCGUAUAUCAAGGCCAUAGACUUGUUCAUGUCCUCCUGCACCGUGUUCGUGUUCCUGUCGCUGAUGGAGUACGCCAUGGUCAACAUCAUCCUCGGCGACAUGGUGGACCACAAACCCCCCGACGAGACCUUCAUCAGACGGGUCACCAGGAAGCUCACGGUGAAGAGACCCAGGACACCCAGCGCUCGGAGGCGGAACGGCGGAGACGGGAUGCUGGAGGAGGCUGAGAACGGAUGCUUCGGGGACUCAGACGGGGACCCACGCAUCAUCCAGGCCGCCCCCACGCCCCGCCCGCACGCCCACAACCAGCCCCUGCCACACCACGCUCCCCCGCCACCCACGCCGAGAGGACUGCCCCCGCCCAACGCAAAAUUCGGCUCCUCCUCCAACAUUUCGUGCUAUGUGGCCAACGAGAUGAGGAAGUCGAGAGAGAAGGCGAUAUUGGUGGACAGGUUUUCCCGGGUUGUGUUUCCGAUCAGUUUCACCAUCUUGAAUGUUCUGUACUGGGCUGUGUACUUUGAGUGGUGAAUGCUGGGGGUAAGGGGAGAAGGUACGGGGGUGUAUUUGUGAUGGAGGUGUAGGGGUGGGGAGAUGUAUGGGUGUGUGGGUGUGGGUGUGUGGGUGUGGUUUUACUUUCCCUGGUGUUGGGUUUUAUUAAUGUUAUCAGUUGUUUCGCUAUGACUGAAUUUAGUGUUUUCGUUCCCAGUUUUUUAUUCCUUUUCUUUUCCUUCUCGUUGUUGCUUUUCUUCUACAUUUUUUUUUUUUUUUUGGUGAGUUUUUUCUCGCGAUAUAUGAUGAUGAUAUUCUCUUUUGGGAUGACAUUUUGGCGUAUGAGAAAUCAGUGUUUGUUUUCUUUUUAUUCUUCUCAAACGAGGUAUUACACGCUACUCUGCUUUAUACGUUAGUGAACUUGUAGACUGAGAGCACCGCAUCGAACUCCCUGCUAAUGAGUUCAGAAAAAAAAACUUACUAAACAUGUGUGCGUGUGUGUGAAUGAAUAAAUACGGAAAAAUUAAAGUGGAAAACAAUCAAAACCAGACGCUCAUGGGGACAAAACAGUACUAGGGAAACCAGGAAAACAUUUGAAAUUAAUACUAAGUGAUGUGGAGAGAGAGAAAGAAAAAGAUUUGGGUAUGAAUAGUGAAGUGUAUGUAAAGUGAGAAAUAUAUAUACCUUGUUUUACUCCAUUACGAGAUGAGGAGAGUAAAUAAAAUGAGCUGUUUGGAGUUGAAAAAAUAGAUUAUUGUGUGCAUACUGAAGUGUUUGUAAAGGAAAAAUAACAUACCAUUUUCAACUUCACAGAAAAAACUUAGUAAUGAUAAUAGCAAGUGUACAUAUAACGACAGAACAACAGUGACACGAGUAAAAAUGAAUAGAAAAAGACUUAGUUAGAAAUUAUUUAUGUGAAUGAGGUCAAGUUUCAUACAGACUAAAACAUUUACAUCUCGUUUUUUGAUCCCACGAAAAGUAAUAUAAAAACACUAAACGCUCGUGUGAAAACUGAACAAUAGCGAAAUAAAAAAGAAAUACCAAGUCGAAAGAGGAAAUGAAUAUAGAUGUGCGUGUGAGAGUUGACGUGUUGGAGGAGAGGGACACGACACGCCGAAGAAUGGAACAAGCAAAAAUAACACUUCAACCGCGUCAGGAAGUUUGGUGAUAGAAAAGGAAACUAGAGAAAGAGGAAAAUAGAAAGAGGAAAACAGAAAACUAAAGAAAAAGGAAAACAUAAAGAGGAAAACAGACUAGAGAAAAAGGAAAAUAAAAAGAGAAACUGAAGAAAAAGGAAAAGAGAAAGGAGAAAAGAUAGUAAGAGGAAAACAGAAAACUGGAGAAAAAGGAAGAGAGAAAGGAGAGAAAAUAAAAAGAGGAAAACAGGAAACUCGAGAAAAAGGAAGAAAGGAAAUAUAAUAGAAAGAAGACAGUAGAUAACCAAAGAAAAGGGAAAAUAGAAAAUAGAAAGAGGAAAACAGAAAACUAGAGAAAAAGGGAAGAGAGAAAGGAGAGAAAAUAGGAUGAGGAAAAGAGAUAACUGGAGAAAAAGGAAAGUAGAAAAUAAAAAUAAAAA